AUGGCAAUCAAUAAGUUUGCAGAUAUGAGAGAAAAUGAGAUUAAAUCAAUGUUUCAAAAGAUUGAUCCGACAAAAAGUCCAAUAUAUGGUCGAAAUCGUAUUUCCCGAUCUGCAAGUCAUACUAUUCCUCACACUCCAAGUGGUGCUAAAAUACCUGAUUUCGUUGACUGGCGUACGGCUGGUAUUGUGACCCCAGUCAAGGAUCAGGGAGAGAACGGUACGUGUUAUGCACACUCGGCUGUCGGUGCAUUUGAAAGUCAACUGGCUAUACAUAGUGGUAAAACAGUGCCGCUAUCGGUACAGCAAGUGGUUGACUGCACGAGUGAAUUCGGGUCUAAUACACCGUAUAAAGCAUACGAAUAUAUUAUAUUUUCGGGUUUAACUACAGAAGCUUUAUAUAAACCUCGUGUUAAUUAUACAAAAGGUCACUGCGAUUAUUAUGUCAAAACAGUUUAUGGUAAAGCAUAUGCAUUCGGUAUAUUAAAACCAGGCGAUGAACAGGCAUUACAAGAAGCCGUCGCCACAAUUGGUCCAAUUUCUGUGUGCAUACAAUGUCCUAAAGGUUUCUGGUUUUAUAAGGGAGGCAUAACUGAUGAUCCAAACUGUAAAUCGGAUUUGAUUACAGUAGACCAAUGUGUGUUGGUUGUUGGUUACGGGACAGACACAAAAACCAAACAAGACUAUUGGUUGGUUAAGAGCUCAUCGGGUGAGAAUUGGGGUGAAGACGGUUACGUACGUAUGGCUCGCAAUAAGCAUAACCAGUGCGCUAUCGCUACUUUGGCCUCAUAUCCUGUUAUAACUCGUGUUUAA